AUUACCCCUCAUCUCACAUGGAAUGAAGCAUAUUCACAUUUCUUGUUCCACAUGUACCUUCACAAUAUAACCCUCUUUGAUCUCUACUCUCCAAAGUAACUGACAACUUCAACAUCUUCUUAUACCACUUCUUGAUUUGUUUCUACGAACCAAACAUAAACCAAACCCUAAGAGAGAAAAUGGGAGACCAAGGAGCACAACAAAUGCAACAGCCCGUUGUUGUGUAUCCAAACGCAUACACUACACAAAAUUCAUAUCCAUCUUCUUCCUCUUCACCAGCUUCUUCUUCCUAUGGCUCACGCGGUUCCUUUGCGACGGUCUUCAUAGUCGUAGCCGUGAUACUUGUCUUGUCGGCUGUGGCUUGUAUCUUCGGGAGGCUAUGCAACCGCAUAAGCCGCGGGGCCAAGCAAUAUCAUAGCAAACAGCCAAGGCGCGAGAAAGGGUCAUCUACGAAGAGCCAUGAGAUUCGGCCUGUGGAGUUUGAGCCGAGGGAGAGAGGUGAUUUGGAGUUUGGGGCGGAUAUGAAACAUCAUAGGGAAACUGAGAAACCUUAUGGAAGAGAGUUUGAGCCGAGGGAGAGAGGUGAUUUGGAGUUUGGUGUGGAUAUGAAACAUCAUAGGGAAAUUGAGAAACCCUAUGGAAGAGAUUACGAAGAUGACAUGGAAUUCGGAUUUGAUAACAAGAGAGGAGAAAGGGGCGGAGGAGGUCCACCUCAAUAUGGAGUGAGGUUCAAGUUACCUGAAAACGAAGACGGUCUUCAUGGUAAAGGUGAAAUCAGACAUGGAGGUCCAGAUUUCGAGUUCCGACCAGGACACUAAUUAUUUUGAGUUGUCUAAGAACAAAACACUUUAUGUUUAUGUCUUAUUUGCUGCCUUUCUAUUAUUGGUUUCUUUUGUGCUUUUCCUUGCCUAGGUUGAUUUAUGGGUAUGUGAAGCUAUAAAA